AUGGCCCAGGGAAGAGGCACUGCUGCAAUGAUUGCUCUAAUGCUACUGUUUUGUAUGUUGACGCUUCACUCUAGGAUGGCUCAUGCAAACACCUAUAAUGUUGGGGAUACAAGUGGUUGGUCCUUUGAUGCUAUUAACUGGGCUAAGGGAAAGGAUUUUAUGGCUACUGAUAUCCUCGAAUUCCAUUAUGAUCCUGCUCUUCACAAUGUGGUGGUAGUGGACGAGGAUGGUUACAAUGCAUGUAAUAUUCCAGAAGGAGCAAAAGUUUAUCAGUCAGGAGACGAUCAAAUCUCGCUUGCCCAGGGAAUGAAUUACUUCAUAUGUGGUAUUCCUGGUCACUGCCAGGGUGGGAUGAAAAUUGCAGUAAAUGCUUCUUGA